AUGACAGAAGGAGGAAAAGCUGUUGGAAUUGACUUGGGAACGACAUACUCAUGUGUGGGUGUAUGGCAAAAUGACAGAGUUGAAAUUAUUGCCAAUGACCAGGGUAAUCGAACAACACCUUCAUAUGUUGCCUUUACCGAUACGGAACGUUUGAUUGGUGACGCGGCAAAAAAUCAAGUCGCUAUGAAUCCUUUUAAUACCGUGUUUGAUGCUAAGCGUCUUAUUGGUCGUCGGUUUAAUGACCAGGAAGUACAGUCCGACAUGAAGCAUUGGCCAUUUAAAGUUAUCGACAAAAAUGGAAAACCAUAUAUCCAAGUUGAAUACAAGGGCGAAACAAAACAAUUCACUCCUGAGGAAAUCUCUUCAAUGGUGUUACUUAAAAUGAAGGAGACAGCAGAAGCUUUUCUCGGUACACCAGUCAAGAAUGCCGUAAUCACAGUGCCUGCUUAUUUUAACGACUCACAACGUCAAGCUACUAAAGAUGCUGGUAUGAUCUCUGGAUUAAAUGUCCUUCGUAUUAUCAACGAACCAACGGCGGCUGCUAUCGCAUAUGGUUUGGAUAAGAAGGCAGCUGGAGAACGUAACGUUCUCAUCUUCGAUUUGGGCGGUGGUACUUUUGAUGUAUCUCUCCUAACUAUUGAGGAAGGAAUAUUUGAAGUAAAGGCGACUGCUGGUGAUACCCAUCUUGGUGGUGAAGAUUUUGAUAAUCGUCUCGUGAAUCACUUUGUCCAAGAAUUUAAACGAAAAUUCAAGAAGGAUCUCACUACUAAUGCACGUGCUUUACGCCGUCUCCGAACUGCGUGCGAACGUGCAAAGCGUACCCUUUCAGCAUCUGCACAAACUUCUAUGGAAAUUGAUUCCCUUUUCGAAG